CCAAUCCAUUUGCCCUCUUUGUUUUUUAUUCUUUGGACUGUCUGGAAAUGCCUUUUUUCUUUCAAGAUUGCAUGGAAGUAAGAUGAGUUGCAGUCUCCCUCUUUGAGCCAUUUGAUUCCAGCUUUUUGUUUCCAGUAAUGGAAUUCAUUUUUAGUGGCUUGUAUCAGAUGAGCUCUAGUUUCAUGUAAGAGAGUUCUGUUUUCCAUGCUGGGAUUUUCAUCAAAGUUGCUUUCUGCUUCUUGGAGUUGUAUCUCUAGAUCUUCCACUUUGGAUGUAAUAUUACCAAAGGUGUUCUUGUUCCAAGAUUGUAGGAUUGGUGUGAGCUUGUAUAGUUUGUCCAUAAGUCCUUUCAUGCCACCUCCCUUGUAGUUUCCCCAGUUAUCUUCAACAAUAUUCCUGAAUGAAUGGUGGUUGGCCCAACAGUUAAGAUACCUGAAAGGUUUAGGGCCAUUGAAGGUGGGGUUGUGCAUUUUAAUUAGGAUAGGGCAGUGAUCUGAGUUUCCUCUUGAGAGGUGUUGACUUGAUAUGCUAUCAUAAUGCCUUUGGCAGAUAGAGUUAGUGAAAACUCUAUCCAACCUUUUCAAAAUUCUCCCCAGGGAUCUUGUGCCAGUCCAAGUAUAAAGGUUUCCAGUAAAGGGGGGGGGGGGAAUAAAGCCCAUUGUCCAUGAUACAGUUAUCAAAGUCCUGGAUACUGUUGAGGCAAGGGGUGCUCCUACCUUUAUGAUGUUCUAUGGAGGAUAUGGCAUUAAAGUCUCCCCCAAUUAUCCAGAUAGCAUGGUUGUUUUUAUUGCAGUUGUGGAAGAGGACAUUGAGAAUUUGGCCCUGAUCUGUGUGAUUGAUGUAGGUCAGGUGUUCUUCCUUCCACAUGAUCCAAAUUCUGUUGCUGGAGCUGUGGAUGGAUUUGGAGAAACCCAGAUCAAAAAGAAGUUUAGAGAGGUUGUUAGGAUGGGAUUUGGGUUCAAUGAUGGUGAGGAUGGAAAUUUUGUGUUUUGAAACUAAUAUGGAUAACCUCUCCUUUUUAGAAGUUAUCCCACAGGGGCAUUUUGUUCCUGGUUUAUGGUUGGAGAAGAGGGACUUUCUGGACCUUCAGGUAUAUGUGUUUCAGAAUCACUUAUAUAAUUCACAUUGAAUUUUAAAGUUGAGUUCUGAAUGUAUGAGUCAUCUUUUGAGGGCAUGAUUUCUGAUGAUGUUUUGCAGAUGUUUGAGAUAUCCAGCAUGAUUGCUUGUAAGAGUUCACUUUCUGAAGGUUGUUUGCAUCAGUAGAGGGCUGGUUGAACUUGGGAGUUGCUGUGGCAUGGUGAUGUUG